AUGACUUUCACCCAUCUCGAGACAAUGAACCCAUUCGCGACCCAUUCUCGCAAAACACAACGAGUUUAUAAAUCACCUGCGGAUGCCAAUGAACCAAGUCCAUUUCAAAAAGAAAAGAAUAAACCAUUGGAUAUCGAUGCCGAGGAUGAAGAAGCGGGCACAAUUUUAAUGUCCUUAGCACAACAUGCAAACAGAAUACACACAACAUAUGAUGAAAAACCUGCAAGAAAUUCCGAGUCUGAUGCAUCCAUUAUAUCACCACAUGUGUCACUAUCCACAGAAUCAAUCUAUCACGAAAAUAGGCGCAAUAGUAAAAAAGGUUUCCAGAUCUGUAUAACUCCCCGUCGAAAUUCAACGCUGGUCGAUGGCCAUCCCAUCAUGGAAGAUCGACGUACAAAAUCCUUUCGACAUCCAAGCAAUGUUCGCAUGCCAGUCAACAAACCCGCCAGAUCAAAGUACAAAAGAAGCACAGCUCAUAUUCAUAUCAGUUAUCGAAUUCAUGCUCACAGGACUUAUUUAGCACGUCCCUACGAAACAAGUCCAUACCCAAGUGCUUUUCGCCCACCACCAAAUCAUCAAUAUUGGAAUCAUCCAUCAUACCAUUAUCAACAAGACGCUGUAUAA